CUAUCCUCUGACCAAUCCCUUAAUCCUUACUUUAACCACUCGAGUUGAAAUGCCUAACCUCAACCAAUCGAGCUGCUUCCUAGGGCGGGACUUGGCGUGGCCACAGUGGGAUUCGUAAUUUUGUACCGGUACUAUAUGAGUCGGAGAACACACGUCCAGUGUAGCCCGUGUGCAGCUAUCUACACGGUAGCCGUAGCCGAAAGUACACCGCUGUGGAGAUAGGUCUGCCAAUGCGAGACUAAGCCGAAUGAAAGUAGCUGACACACGAUGGGGCUGCUCUCUGGGAGUAUCGGACCCUUUCGAAACCGAAUGUGGGUGCUUCGGACGUGGAUUCGAGACGUAGCCACAAUUUCAGCUACUUUUCGCAACGGCGACGCACUCGCGUCGAAAGCGUCACUGAUCCAAAGGAGACGUGGAGGUUUACAUCAACACAGUCUCCCCCUUGUUCGGUUACUUAGCUCAAACAAACCACCAAGAGGUUUUGAAAAGUUUUUCCCAAAGAGUGAAGAAAGCACUGGCGUCAACAAAUCAACUGAAGAUGAAAAUAUCAAAGAGCAAGAAUCUCUUGUAAGGGAAGAGCGGGACACAAAUGAUGGCGGGGACGAAAGACAAAGAGGAGGUAAAAAAGAAGAAUCACACUGGUGGACGCGCUUCCAGGAUGAUUUUCCCCUGGAUGAAAAAGCAGUGCGGUACUUUGCAAUCGGUGCUGCCGGCAUGACCUCAGCUUUUUUGUACUUUUACUUCCGAGAGACGGGGAUGCAGAUCUCCUGGAAGGACUUUGUGCAACACUACUUAAACAAAGGCUUGGUUGAUCACCUAGAGGUGGUCAAUAAACAAUACGUCAAAGUAAUUCCUGCCCAUGGAGUGAGCACGUCAGAAGUGAGCUAUUUGUGGUUCAACAUUGGCAGUGUGGACUCAUUUGAGCAUAACUUGAGGAUGGCCCAGCAAGAAAUGGGUUUGGACUCAAAGAAAGUUUCUGUGUUCUACAGUAGUGAAAGCGAUGGGGCACUCCUUUACAGCGUUCUCCCAACCUUACUGCUGGUUGGCUUUUUUCUUUUUGCCAUGCGGCAGGGACCAAUGGCAGGAGGUCGGCGAGGAAACCCCUUCAGCAUGAGUGAAUCCAAAGCCAAGGUAACAAAAGGCAACAUCGGCAUUCAGUUCAAGGAUGUCGCAGGCUGUGAGGAGGCCAAAAUGGAGAUUUUAGAGCUUGUCAACUUCCUGAAGAACCCGCGGCAGUACCAGGACCUAGGCGCCAAGAUCCCAAAGGGUGCUGUGUUAUCAGGCCCACCUGGUACUGGUAAGACCUUGCUAGCUAAGGCCACUGCAGGAGAGGCCAACGUGCCCUUCAUCACUGUCAACGGCUCGGAGUUCCAGGAGAUGUUUGUUGGCGUGGGUGCAGCAAGGAUAAGGGAUACGUUUGCCAUGGCCCGAAAAAAUGCCCCCUGCAUUCUUUUCAUUGACGAGAUUGACGCAGUUGGCAGGAAGAGAGGCAGGGGGAACUUUGGAAACCAAAGCGAGCAGGAAAACACCCUCAACCAGUUGCUUGUGGAAAUGGACGGGUUCAACAGUAGCACCAACGUGGUCGUGUUAGCCGGCACCAAUCGAGCUGACAUCCUGGAUCCAGCUUUGAUGAGACCAGGACGCUUUGAUCGACAUAUAUACAUAGGCCCACCAGAUAUUAAAGGCAGGGCGUCCAUCUUUAAGGUGCAUUUAAGACCUCUGAAGUUGGACACCAGUAUAGAAGUAGAGGCUUUGGCCAGGAAGCUAGGUGCACUAACCCCAGGUUUUACUGGGGCUGAUAUUGCUAAUGUGUGUAAUGAGGCCGCUCUAAUAGCUGCCCGACACCUCAACCAACACGUCAAUACUAAGCACUUUGAGCAGGCAGUUGAGAGAGUCAUUGGAGGUAAGUUGGUAUGCACUUGAUAUUAUGUCAACACU